AUGACAAGGUUUCUCACGCUGUGGACAAGGUUCCGCCACGCUGAGGACAAGGUUCCUCGCGCAGAGGGCAAGUUUCCUCACGCUGAGGACAAGGUUCCCCACGCUGAUGACAAGGUUUCUCACGCUGUGGACAAGGUUCCGCACGCUGAGGACAAGGUUCCUCACGCUAAGGACAAGGUUUCCCACGCUGAGGACAAGGUUCCCCACGCUGACGACAAGGUUCCUCACGCUGAGGAGAAGGUUCCUCACGCUGAGGACAAGGUUCCUCACGCUGAGGACAAGGUUCCUCACGCUGAGAACAAGGUUCCUCACGCAGAGGCCAAGUUUUCUCACGCUGAGGACAAGGUUCCACACGCUGAGGACAAGGUACCUCACGCUGUGGACAAGGUUCCGCACGCUGAGAACAAGUUUCCUCACGCUGAGAACAAGUUUCCUCACGCUGAGCACAAGUUUCCUGACGCAGAGGACAAGUUUCCUGACGCAGAGGACAAGUUUCCUCACCUGAGCACAAGUUUCCUGACGCAGAGGACAAGUUUCCUGACGCAGAGGACAAGUUUCCUCACGCUGAGGACAAGUUUCCUCACGCUGAGAACAUUGUUCCUCACGCAGAGGACAAGUUUCCUCACGCUGAGGACAAGGUUCCUCACGCUGAGGACAAGGUUCCGCACGCUGAGAACAAGGUUGUCCACGCUGAGGACAAGGUUCUUCACGCUGAGGACAAUUGGAGGUCGUCGAACAUGCUCGUCACUCAGACUUGUAAAUUAUGAUGUAGUUUUGAACUGACAGGUAGAGAAGUGAGAGAACUUUUAAGUUAUGAACGCUUUAAAAAGCGUAGAUCAAUUGUAAACAUGUAUUCUAAAACUGUAAACAGGACCCAGAGAAGUGCACCGCUGAGAUUUGGUAGAGUUAGCUAACUUAGCUGGAAGUACAUUGAACCCGAAGACGAAGGUUUUCUAAGGGUCUGUUCAUGUGUGCCCGCAAGCUCACCUGAGUGGAAUGAUUCCUCAAAAUAUUUUUGUAGUGCAAUUAAACAAACUCUGUUUAGGUUUAUUAAUGUUUCUUUUUUGCUCGUAUUUUUCAACUAUGCUGUUCUAUAUUACAGUAAUGCUACAUUACAGGUCCGAUAGAAUAACAUUUUCCAUAGGAUUGAAGGUUUUAUCCCACAGUGAUCCCACAAGGUGAGAUCUCACCUAGCCUAGCUGGGCGCCUCGUUUCUCAUACGAACAAAAAUUAAAUUUUAUAUGCUUUAACAAAGGCCACGCGGAUCUCACUGAUGCUGCAUGUGAGUUUCCCCGUCAGUUGGUUUGUAUCAAAUAACAGGCCUUAAAAGCUCCACAACGGAGCCACAAAGUGAUAAGGAGACCACACUUCUCCAAUACUAAUUUUUAAUGUUGAGUUUUCGUCGCCUCGUUUCAUCGUGAAGAACAUAUUCUAAAUUCAUAAAUGAAAAAAACUUGUUUUACUUUCUAAAGUUUUCAGCCGAAUGUUCUUUCAACCUCGUUCCCAGGCUCUUUUGAAUAUAUCUCUCCUCUGUGACCUUGUGUAUUAAAAGUUGAUUAGCAGCGUGUCCACUUGGAAGAAAAUUUCCUUUCAAAAGAAAAUUUCUUUCAAAGUGAAAGGAGUCGGAGGGUUGUGGGAGGGUGAAACAUUCCGGUGUAUUCCAAUGCUGUAUUUAGAUAAAUGCGGAAAGUUCCAGCCUAUAUUUUUUAUUCUAUUAAUUCUUCAGUUCCUGUUUUUUGUGGAAAGGACUUCAGGACUUGACUUCAAAUAAAAGAUUCCGAUAUACCAAACCUGUUUCACAGUGUUGUAGGACUCGAGGCCGGACUUGGACUCUUAACACAUCGGACUUGGACUCGAUAUCAAAGAACUCGGACUCGACACCUCUGGACUUGGGAAUUUACGUCAAGUCCUGUACGGACUGUAUAUACGAGCCCACCACUUAAAUUUCCUCGUUGAUAUACUCAUCGCUUCGUUAAAAUUAGUAUGGCCUCUAUUGCCAAUGCCACCCGUCGUUAAAACAACACAAAUUGCUCUGUCAGUGCGCGUUUCAAACUUAAUUUUCCAAAGAUCUUUUUCGCGAGAAGAAUAUAUGCCAAUAUGGAAACACUACGUGAUUUGUUUUUGCGACAAAAUUCGAGAGGUGGAGAUCACAUGAUUUAUAUCUUACGACUUUUUAAUUAUUAAUCAAUGCUUUUUCGUUCGAUAUAGAAAAAUAUAUCUAUUUACAGAAUUCAAUACUUCAAAUUAAGUGUUCCAUUUAUUUUAUUCGGACACAUGCAUGCACAGCAUGUAAUGUAGGGCCUUAUACUGCUUUGCACUGUACAUGUUUUUUGAAUACCGCUUUGUCUUUUGGAAAUAUGAUUUAUUAUACUUUAUCAUUUUAUUAUACUUUAUCAGGGCUUGGACUCAUAAUAUUUAAGACUCGGGCUCGAAAAUUGGACUCGUACUCAUUGAGUCCUAGUCCAUACAUCCGACAACUUGGACUCGUACUCGAAUGUAUAGGACUCGAACUUGCAUGGGCUUGGACUCGUAAGUUGUGGACUUGACUAUAGCACUGAUGACCUAACAGUAUGAUCAUGGUAAUCAAGUAUGGAUCACUAACAUCAUUACUGCAUCAUUUCAACACUGCAGUGCAGUGUUGAAGCAGCAGUUGCAAAGAACUUUCCAGGUUAUGAACAAGCAAUUUUUGGAAGGAAAUUCAAUGAGAAAAAAGGAAAUGUCGUGUUCUAA